UUGGAUAUCCCCAGCAGGCACAGCUCCUGAGACCCCAAGAGGCUUUGACACCCGCAGAGGAGGAUCAGUCUGCGCUAUGAACUUGUGGCUCCUGGUUUGCCUGGUGGCCAGCCUCAUGGGUGCCUGGUCUACUGUCCACACUCAAGGUGUCUCCGAGGACUGCUGCUUAGCCUACCACCACCGUGCUAGGCCCCGCCUGCUCAUGCGUGCCCAGGGCUACCAGCGCCAGGAAGUGAGCGGGAGCUGCAAUCUGCCUGCUGUGAUAUUCUUCUUCCCGAAAAACAAGAUGCUGUGUGUGAACCCAAGAGUCAACUGGUUGCCAAAUGUGUUUAAGUUUCUGGAUAAUCGGAACAACACCCACUCAAAGCAGCACCUAGGCUCCCGGAGAAACUUCCAAGACUCCCAUCUGGGAGGUAGGAGGUCGAACACUGGAAUGUCCAGGCUAGCACACUCCAAGUCCAAGUCCAGCAGGUCCACCAGAAGCAACAAGAAGAAAACUUCCUUCCUGAACAUGGCUAAUCCAGGACCUUGAGCCCGUGCAUCUUCAGGAUUAGCCCCGCAUGAGAUGGACCUUGAGCCCGUGCAUCUUCAGGAUUAGCCCCGCAUGAGAUGGGCUGGACCUUUCUCUCUCUACCGCAUCUGUCCCCUGGGGCUCCG